AUGAAAGUUGCCUAGCAAACGCACAGAUCUCUAACACAAUGUCUAAUCGUGUACUCUUUAUUCUUGGCGCUGGCCCAAAGAUUGGGUUCUCUGUUGCUCAGGCGUUUGCUGCAAAUGGAUACAAGGUGGCUCUCGCAUCGCGAAGCAUAGAGGACGGCAUGAGAGAGGAUGGUCUUUUUGGCGUUAAUCUAGACUUAACCAAGCCUGAAAUGGUCGAAAGUGCGUUUGAAAAGGUCGAGAAACAAUUUGGAGUUCCUUCAGUAGUAGUGUACAAUGCGGCUCUGAGGAAUGCACUCGAGGCUGAUGACCCUUUAAGUGGGAUUGACCUCGACCAAGUACAGCAAGAAUGGGCCGUAAAUGUUACAUCGGCGCUCUUUUCUGCCAAAUAUGCCGUGAGGGGAUUCAAGCGGCUCCCCGAGUCGGCAUCGAAGACAUUUAUUUUCACUGGAAAUAAGUUGAACACUUUUAUUUCGCCGGCGGUCACGACGUUUGCGAUGGGAAAGACUGCUAUUGCUCAGUUGAUACGUAACGCAAGCGUUGCGUAUCGGAAACAGGGGAUCAAAUUCUAUUAUGCAGAUGAGCGUCGACCUGAUGGCGGCCCAGUGGUUCCAGUGAGUGGAUCGGCUGCUGCUGUGGCUUAUACGAAGCUUGCUGAAGAGAAGGAACAAGGUCCUUGGGACUACACAUUUAUUGAUGGGAUUGGGUACCACGACUUUAAAGAGACUGCGGCCUAGCGAACUGCCAUAUAAAGAAAUUGAUUUCAGUUCUCUAUCUUAAGCAGCUUUGAAAUCAAUUUUCCUUCAGUCGUGUCAGCUCUCUGCAAUUUCGAGACGUUUUGUAAUCAAGCAGUGAGCUCGAAUGGUGUAGGAGCUUCUUGUAGUUCAAAUCCCUUGUGUGGAGGACGCCAGGCUUGGCACAUGCUUAUUUCAUCUUGUUACCGUCAACAGAGCCAGACACUAUGCUUCCGUUUACCAGUAUCGUAUGCUCAACUGACGGUGUGAAGAGCGGGAGAGUUUCGUGACGGUACUGCGCUUGGGAAACAAUACCUCUUCGCCGCCUCUGAUGUAACAAGGUGGCUGGAGCCACGAAACGCACUCUUCGGCGUGAGCUGCACGACCAUUUCGGAUAGCGACACAAAUCAAACGGAGUAGUUUACAUACAUGUCCAGCUUUUUGGUGCUGACGGAAAGUAUCAUCAUCUUGCUUGAUUCAAUCCGCACUUUAGGUUCUAACCUACACAAAUCCUUGCAGGCGACCAACAAAAGCCUCAGUUUGCCCAUAAGAGCGAGGAAUCUACCGCGCAGUGACAAACACUCCUUUUUCUCUCCCAUGAGAUCGCCUGAGGAAGAGAUUGUGAUAUUCAAGAGGACUGUACAAUGCUGCCGGAAGCCUGAGUUGGGGCUUUCGCAGUUGAGCAGUUCCAUGACGCAUGAGGCAGGCCAUGGACUUUUCGGGAAUUUGAAUCCAUCUACAAUUGAAAGAGCAAGGCGCUGCAAAUGCGAAGACGCUCCUUCCCGUCCUUUUUUUUUUUUU